AUGUGCAACCGUUUAGAGGAGUUUAUCUCAGUGGCUAAGGAAGAUGACGUGAAAGAAUGCUUCCAUAUAUUUUCAGCCGAACAAGCUCCCAGCAACCGAAGCUGGGAAAAUCCAAUUCUUACUUAUUCAAAUGAAGAACUUUGCAGAUGGCUGCUCGUGCUUUUGGAGAUUGCUGAAUCAAGAAAGAUAUAUGCCGAUCAGAGAGAAGAAGAAGUGAAGCUAUCAGAUGGAUCAAUUGAGAAACUUGAGAGUACACUAUCAAUGUACUUGAAAACAAGUGGUGAAGCGGAAAGCCAGCGUCUGCAAACGGAGGAAUUGGAAAUGGAGCUUCAUACCAUUCGCCAAUAG